CAGCAUGCUAGCAGUGCCAGUGCACAGGGAGAGGUUUCUCUGCAAAUAUUUCCUCCUGUUUUCCAACUACAUGUAACAAGGAGUGGAAGGUCCUUGUGUCAUUUCUUUCCUUCAUACAAAGACGUUUGUUGGUUUACUCGAGCAAGAUGUUGAGGAGAGCUGUCCGCCCAGUCCUUCAAAUAACUCAACGGCCCCGGUCUGUCUGGACUGGUACUGAGCCGUUGGAACAGGCUGACCCUGAAGUUCACACUCUAAUCAAGGGCGAAAAGCAACGGCAGGUGCAAGGACUGGAGCUCGUUGCUUCUGAGAACUUCACCAGCCGUGCUGUUCUAGAGUGCCUGGGUUCAAGCCUCACCAACAAAUACUGCGAGGGCUAUCCAGGAAAGCGGUACUAUGGCGGCCAGGAGUACACCGAUGCUGUUGAAACGCUAUGCCAGCAACGUGCUCUGGAAGCGUAUCGCAUUUCACCUGAACAGUGGGGAGUCAACGUUCAGCCCUACUCUGGCUCGCCGGCCAAUUUCGCCGUAUACACCGGUCUCAUGCAGCCACAUGACCGCAUCAUGGGUCUGGACUUGCCCGACGGUGGACAUUUGACUCACGGCUUUAUGACUGACAAGAAGCGCAUCUCCGCCUCUUCUGUGUACUUUGAGUCCAUGCCUUACAGAAUCAAUCCGGAUACUGGCAUCAUUGACUACGACCAUCUCGAGGAGCUUGCUUCUCGCUUCAAGCCGAAGAUCAUCAUUGCCGGUACCAGUGCGUACUCGCGUAACAUCGACUACAGCCGUUUCCGUCAAAUCUGUGACAAGGUUGGAGCAUAUUUGAUGGCCGAUAUGGCACAUAUCAGUGGCUUGGUGGCUGCAGAUAUCGUCCCUGGUCCAUUCGAGUAUGCGGAUGUUGUGACGACCACAACACACAAGACACUGCGCGGCCCUCGCUCCGGUGUUAUCUUCUACCGCCGUGGACAACGUGGAGUUAGCAAGAAGACCGGAAAGCCCCUCAUGUAUGACUACGAGCAGAAGAUCAACUUUGCCGUCUUCCCCGGCCUCCAGGGUGGUCCCCACAUGAACGCCAUUGCCGGCAUUGCUGUUGCACUGAAGCAGGCUCAGACCGGUGAGUUCCGCGACUAUCAGCUGCAGACCGUUGCAAACAGCAAGCAGAUGGCAGCCACCCUCGGUGAGCUUGGCUACCGUGUCCUGUCCGGCGGUACUGACAAUCACUUGAUCCUCGUCGACCUGCGUCCCAAGGAUAUCGAUGGUGCUUGUGCUGAGCGUCUCCUGGAGCUGGUCGAGAUUACCGUCAACAAGAACACAUGCCCAGGUGACAAGAGUGCCCUGACCCCCGGCGGUCUUCGUCUCGGUGCACCUGCGCUGACAUCACGUGGCUUCAAGGAGUCUGACUUUGUGGAGACCAUGAACUUGGUUGACCGUGGUAUCUGCAUUGGUCGGGACGUCAUUGCCCAAGCUGGAUCCACACAGCUGAGCGCAUUCAAUGAAGUCGUCCAACGCCCUGAGUUUGCCCAGAAGGUCGAAGCCCUGAAGAAGGAGGUGCGCACGUUCAGCACCAAAUUCCCCAUGCCCGGAUUCGACGGCUGGUAAAACCACACCAACCAAUGUGCCAUCUGACCUGCUUCUGAUAGUCUCGUAACGUCACUCACUGUCUACCUUCCUCUGGGACCUUUGUUUUACUGGCGCAUCCAGCUUGUACACGAGUAUGGUGAACCGAAGAUACGCGGAUGUGGUCCUGCUGGCACGGUCACAGCCGCGUUGAUCAUGCUGUGUCUGCUGCGCCCUCACUUUGUCACUGUCACACUGCUCUCUCUCUCUCUCUCUCUCUCUCUCUCUCUCUCUCUCUCUCUCUCUCUCUCCAAACACGCAUCAUUCAAUUUUAAACUUCUAUCGCCGUCUUUUCAUUUGUUCUGUUUUUGAAAGCUGCUCAAUGUCGAGACGAAUUUCUUCAAUAUUUUACUGUUUAGGUUUUCACAUAUCACGCUUUAGUUCAUUUUGUGUCUGUUUUAGACUAACUUCUAGCAGGGGUACUCUUGCUUCUAGUGCCACUUUGGCAGAAAGAGUUUGACGAUUUUUGAAACCGGAACAAGAAUCGCUGUUUUGGUGUUUCUUAUUCCGUUACACUA